AUGCGUAUAAACCAAUUAGGUCCACAUACUAUCAAUAGAAUAGCAGCAGGAGAACGUCCUGCUAAUGUGGUUAAAGAAAUUAUGGAGAACAGUCUAGAUGCUGACUCAAAUCAUAUUCAUAUCACAAUAGUAGCAGGUGGUCUUGAACUUAUAAAGAUCAAAGAUAAUGGUCAUGGGAUUCACUUUCGUGCAUUUACAUUCAGAUCCAUUUAUAAAGAUGGUAAACUUACAUGCAAGCCAACGCCAUGUGCAAGUAAUGACGGGACUACGGUCAUCGUUCAAAACUUAUUUCCAAAUACAGUCCAAAGACGAAAAUCGUUCACAUUUCCACUUGAAGAAUAUAAGAGAAUCCAAGAAUGCGUUGAAAAUUACGCAAUGCAUCAUUAUCAACAUGGGUUUACUUUAAAACAAGUUAAAAUCCUCGAGCAUACAAAAGAGGAUUUUUCGCUCAAGUUGCUUUAUUCGACCAUUGCAACAAAUUCUAGCAUAGAAAAGGCUAAAUCACCUAUAUUUAUUACUGUUGUCAAUAAUAGACUUAUAGGAAAUGCUCAGAUAAAGAAGAGUCUAAAGAAAGUUUAUAAAGACAUUGACGAAAACUAUAGUCCAUCAUUUUUGUAUGUCAGUUUACAUGUUCGUCCGGACAAAUUGGAUGCAAACAUUCAUCCUACUAAAAUCGAGGUAAAGUAAUUCAUAAAUACUUGACUACAUCUAAUUUAAAUUGCUGACGAGUAUGGUUCAAUUGUUACAUGAAGAAGAUAUUGUUCAAGAGUUAAGUCGGAUUUUAUAUGAUGCUCUCAAGUCUUCUCUCUCAAAAACACAAGCACCAAAGCCUUUAUACUACUGAAAGAACAAUCAACACCAGAUUGCUACUUCAAGAUAACGAAAAAUGACAACACGAUCAAAAAAGAGACAGAUUUCUUGCGUUUGAAACAGAAGCUGUCAAAGUGUACAAACGAACGAC